GCGUACACCCGAGGGAGCAGCGGCCUGACUUUCUUCCUGCAGACCUGGGUUUAACGCCGUCCUUACGGUCCCUGACCCAGGAUCCUGCUGCCCUAGCUUGUCUCUCCUGUGUACCCGAGAUCCAAACCACGGUGUCCGCUAUGGCGGAACCAGAACCUCGGUUCCUUUCCAAGAAAUGCAUCCAAGAUUCAGGACCCCCAACUUUCCCACCGUGAUGGAGCCAGAAUUGGGCCCCCUUACGAGAAAUGCAUCCAAGGUCCAUGCUAGGAUCCCUCCUGUGGUGGAUCCAGAAGUCAGAGUCCUGGUGUCUUUCUAAGAUUUGCACCCAAGAUCCAGGAUCCCAGGUCCUCCCUCUACCACGAUGAAGGGGCCUGUUCUCUUCCGAGAUCUAGGGCCCCAAAAUAUCCUUUCGAUGAUGGAGACAUGAGGCCAAACCCCUGUGUCCUGCCAAGUAAUGCUUCCAAUACCCAAGCACCCUGUUCUACUGCGUUGGAACCAAGGAGCCAGAGCAUCCAAAUAAAGCAUCUAAAAUUCAGACUCCGAACAGGUCCAGGAUCCUGGGGACUGGUUCCCUUCCAAGUAAUGGGCCCAGAAAUUCAUCUCCAGACCUAUGAAAUGAGAUUCCUAGGCACUUCUGCCCAAACUAAGGACUCAGGGUCUUACUCCCUCUCCCCUCAGACUUCUGGCACCCAUUCGUCUUCUGGACAGGAAUCCAGGCCCCCAGCCCAAAUCCUUUCUCAGGAUGCAGGAGUCCUGGCCCCCAGAACUAAUUUUUUGACCCUGGUCCCUAGAGCCCCCAGACUUGACUCCAGAGGAACGCAUGGAGCUAGAGAACAUCCGUCGACGGAAGCAGGAGCUGCUGGUGGAGAUCCAGCGCCUGCGGGAAGAGCUAAGCGAAGCUAUGAGCGAGGUGGAGGGUCUGGAGGCCAAUGAGGGCAGUAAGACCUUGCAGCGGAACCGAAAGAUGGCAAUGGGCAGGAAGAAGUUCAACAUGGACCCCAAAAAGGGGAUCCAAUUCUUGGUGGAGCAUGAACUUCUGCAGAACACACCUGAGGAAAUUGCCCGCUUCCUGUACAAGGGCGAGGGGCUGAACAAGACAGCCAUUGGGGACUACCUAGGGGAAAGGGAAGAGCUAAACCUGUCUGUGCUCCAUGCUUUUGUGGAUCUCCAUGAGUUCACCGACCUCAACCUGGUACAGGCCCUCCGGCAAUUCCUAUGGAGCUUCCGCCUCCCUGGAGAAGCUCAGAAAAUUGACCGAAUGAUGGAGGCCUUUGCCCAGAGAUACUGCUUAUGCAACCCUGGGGUCUUCCAGUCUACAGACACCUGCUACGUGUUGUCCUUUGCUGUGAUCAUGCUGAAUACCAGCCUUCACAAUCCAAAUGUCAGAGACAAGCCAGGCCUAGAGCGCUUUGUGGCCAUGAACCGGGGCAUCAAUGAGGGUGGGGACCUGCCUGAGGAUCUUCUCAGGAACCUCUAUGACAGCAUCCGAAAUGAGCCCUUCAAAAUCCCCGAGGAUGAUGGGAAUGAUCUCACACACACCUUCUUCAACCCAGACCGAGAGGGCUGGCUCCUGAAGCUGGGAGGGGGCCGGGUGAAGACUUGGAAGCGGCGCUGGUUCAUCCUUACAGACAACUGCCUCUACUACUUUGAGUACACUACGGACAAGGAGCCCCGAGGAAUCAUCCCCCUAGAGAACCUGAGCAUUCGUGAGGUGGAUGAUCCUCGGAAGCCGAACUGCUUUGAGCUUUACAUUCCCAACAAUAAGGGGCAGCUCAUCAAAGCCUGCAAAACCGAGGCUGAUGGCCGGGUAGUAGAAGGGAACCACAUGGUGUACCGAAUCUCAGCACCCACACAGGAAGAGAAGGAUGAGUGGAUCAAGUCCAUCCAGGCUGCUGUAAGCGUGGACCCCUUCUAUGAGAUGUUGGCAGCAAGAAAGAAGCGGAUUUCUGUGAAGAAGAAGCAAGAACAACCCUGACCCCUGUCCCCAACUCCAUUAUUUAUUUUGGAGCUGCCCCGCCUGGGUGGCAGGACCCCUGGGCCCUGGGGCUGUGGAUCCUGGUUCCCCGUUUGGAAAAUCACCACCUCUAGCUCCUGAGUCCUUAUUUGUAAUUAACAUAUUGGUAAUCUUAUUAAUUAUUUAACCCCUCGUGC